AUGUCUGCAGCAGAGGCAGAGCACACGGAGAAGACGGUGACAGUGAACGAGGACACCACAUCCACGUCCGCGAAGACAUCGCCGAAGGAAGCGUCUGGAAAGGCCCUGCUGCCAUGGAGUCUCACACCGGCAGAGAGGCGUGGUCUGAUCAUGGUAGUGGCUGUGGCACUGCUUCAAGAGGUGCAUUCGAACGUGGUCUGUGGGGCCGUGGUGGGUGCGGCGUCUGCCGCGAUCAUCUACAAUCAGCUUAGCCGUCUGCGCAGGAGUCCGUAG